UCGGCUGCGCGGCCGCUGAGUGCGAGAGCCGCAGCGGGGCAGCCGGCGGGCGGAGAUCUUCAAAGUGAAAAUACACGUGCAAACCCUGGCGUUUACAGAAGAUGAAAGACAUCGACAUAGGAAAAGAGUACAUUAUACCCAGUCCUGGGUAUAGAAAUGUGAGGGAGAGAGCCAGCUCGGUGCAGCAUGAAGAGCAGGAAGGGUCAAAAUUUCAGCAUGCUAAACACAAGGUGGAAUGCCAGGAUGCCUUGGAAGCGGCGGCUCGCGCAGAGGGCCUCCCCCUGGACACCUCCGUGCACUCCCAGCUGAGGAUGCUCGACGAAGAGCAGCCCAAGGGCAAGUACCACCAUGGCCUGAAUGCGCUGAAGCCCAUACGGACGACUUCCAAACACCCGCACCCUGUUGAUAACGCUGGGCUUUUCUCCUGCAUGACUUUCUCCUGGCUCACUCCUUUGGCCCACAAAGCAUACAAAAAAGGGGAAUUGUUUAUGGAUGAUGUGUGGUCUUUGUCAAGACAUGAGUCUUCAGAUGUCAACUGUAGAAGGCUGGAGAGGUUGUGGCAGGAAGAACUGAAAGAAACUGGACCCGAUGACGCUUCUCUCCGGAGGGUUGUGUGGGUUUUCUGCCGCACCAGGCUCAUCAUUUCCAUAGUGUGUCUGAUGAUCACGCAGCUCGCAGGUUUUAGUGGACCAGCCUUCGUGGUGAAACAUCUCUUGGAAUAUACACAGCAGAGUGAGUCCAACCUGCAGUACAGCUUGUUUUUAGUUUUUGGCAUCUUUAUGACGGAAAUUGUGCGAUCCUGGUCCCUUGCACUAACUUGGGCUUUAAAUUACCGCACGGGGGUUAGACUGCGUGGAGCUAUCUUGACCAUGGCCUUUAAGAAAAUUCUCAAGCUGAAAAAUAUCAAGGAGAAGUCUCUUGGAGAGCUCAUAAAUGUAUGCUCCAAUGAUGGUCAAAGGAUGUUUGAAGCUGCAGCGGUUGGCAGUUUGUUGGCUGGGGGCCCUAUUGUGGCCAUUUUGGGAAUGGUUUAUAAUGUGAUCAUCCUGGGUCCAACAGGCUUCUUGGGUUCUGCUGUUUUCAUCCUUUUCUACCCAGCAAUGAUGUUUGUAUCGCGCCUCACAGCUUAUUUCAGAAGAAAAUGUGUAGCAACAACAGAUGAGCGUGUGCAGAAGAUGAAUGAAGUCCUUAAUUACAUUAAGUUCAUUAAAAUGUAUGCCUGGGUCAAAGCGUUUUCUCAGAAUGUUCAAAAAAUUCGGGAGGAAGAACGUAAAAUCUUAGAGCGUGCAGGCUACUUCCAGAGCAUCACUGUGGGUGUGGCUCCCAUAGUUGUAGUUAUUGCCAGUGUGGUGACGUUUUCUGUCCAUAUGAUCCUUGGCUACGAUCUUACAGCAGCUCAGGCAUUCACAGUGGUCACUGUCUUUAAUUCAAUGACUUUUGCUCUAAAAGUAACACCCUUUUCAGUGAAGUCUCUGUCUGAGGCAUCUGUGUCUGUUGACAGAUUUAAGAGUUUAUUUCUAAUGGAAGAGGUUCAUAUGAUAAAGAAAAAACCAGCCAAUCCUCAAACCGCCAUAGAGGUGAAAAAUGCUACUUUGGCUUGGGACUUCUCCCACGCCAGCGUCCAGAGCUCACCAAAGUUGACCCCCAAAGUGAAAAAAGACAAGAAAGUCGCAAAGGGCAAGAAGGAGAAAAUGAAGCUGCAGAAUGAGGGACAGCAAGCUGUGCUGGCAGAGCAGAAGGGCCAUCUUCUAGUGGACAAUGAUGACCAUCCUAGCCCUGAAGAGGAGAACAAAAUCAUCCACCUGGUUAACCUUCGGCUUCAGAGGGCUCUCUAUAACAUUGACCUGGAGAUAGAAAAGGGAAAACUUGUUGGAAUCUGUGGCAGUGUGGGGAGUGGAAAAACUUCACUUAUUUCAGCUAUUUUAGGACAGAUGACCCUGCUGGAGGGGAGCAUUGCAGUAAGUGGAACAUUUGCUUAUGUGGCCCAGCAGGCCUGGAUUCUCAAUGCCACACUUAGAGACAACAUUCUCUUUGGGAAGGAAUAUGAUGAAGAAAGAUAUAAUACUGUGUUGAAUGGUUGCUGUCUGAGACCUGAUCUAGCCAUCCUUCCAAAUGGGGACCUGACAGAGAUUGGUGAACGAGGGGCUAACCUGAGCGGAGGCCAGCGUCAGAGGAUCAGUCUGGCUCGAGCACUGUACAGCGACAGGAGCAUUUAUAUCCUCGACGAUCCCCUCAGUGCCUUAGAUGCUCAUGUGGGAAAUCACAUUUUUAACAGCGCAAUCAGGAAGCACCUGAAGUCAAAAACUGUCCUCUUCAUCACGCAUCAGCUUCAGUAUCUUGUUGAUUGUGAUGAGGUGGUUUUCAUGAAAGAAGGCUGCAUUACUGAGCGAGGAAGUCACGAGGAACUGAUGAAUUUAAAUGGUGACUAUGCAACCAUUUUUAAUAACCUGCAGCUGGGAGAAACACCACAUAUUGAGAUUAAUAUUAAGAAGACCACAAAUAGUUCACUGAAGAGACCCCAGGAUAAAAGUACCAAAGCAGGAUCUGUGAAGAAGGAGAAAGUUGUGAAGAAGGAAGAGGGCCAGUUGGUGCAGGUGGAAGAGAAGGGCAAAGGCUCYGUCCCCUGGUCUGUUUAUGGCAUCUACAUUCAGGCAGCUGGAGGCCCCUUUGCGUUUCUCAUCAUCAUGGCCCUCUUCGUGCUGAAUGUGGGCAGCACAGCUUUUAGCAACUGGUGGCUGAGUUUCUGGAUCAAGCAAGGCAGUGGAAACACCACCGUGACUUUGGGAAAUGACACUGUCAUAAGCAACAGUAUGAAAGAUAACCCUCACAUGCAUUACUAUGCUGGCAUCUAUGCUCUGUCCAUGGCAGUCAUGUUGAUCCUGAAGGCGGUUCGUGGUGUUGUCUUUGUGAAGGGAACUCUCAGAGCAUCCUCAAGGCUACACGAUGAGCUCUUCCGACGGAUUCUGCGUAGCCCCAUGAAAUUCUUUGACACUACACCAACGGGACGGAUUCUUAACAGAUUUUCCAAAGACAUGGAUGAAGUUGAUGUUCGUUUGCCAUUUCAAGCAGAGAUGUUCAUCCAGAAUGUCAUCCUUGUGUUCUUCUGUGUGGGGGUGAUCUCUGGAGUUUUUCCUUGGUUCCUGGUGGCAGUGGGGCCCCUCGUUGUCCUGUUUACCGUUCUGCACGUUGUGUCMAGAGUCUUCAUUCGAGAGCUGAAGCGUCUGGACAACAUCACACAAUCUCCGUUUCUGUCACACAUUACAUCUAGCAUACAGGGUCUCUCCACAAUCCAUGCCUAUCACAAAGGACAGGAAUUCCUGCACAGGUAUCAGGAGCUGCUAGAUGACAAUCAGGCCCCGUUUUACCUGUUCAGCUGCGCGAUGCGCUGGCUGGCUGUACGACUGGACAUUAUCAGCAUCGCUCUCAUUACAACCACCGGCCUUAUGAUUGUCUUAAUGCAUGGCCAGAUUCCUCCUGCAUAUGCAGGGCUAGCUAUCUCAUAUGCUGUGCAGUUAACAGGAUUAUUCCAGUUUACAGUCAGACUUGCUUCAGAAACAGAAGCUCGCUUCACCUCAGUGGAGAGAAUUGAUCACUACAUCAAGACUCUUUCCUUGGAAGCUCCGGCUCGAAUCAAGAAUAAAACUCCUCCUCUGGACUGGCCGCAGGAAGGUGAAGUUGUUUUUGAGAAUGCAGAGAUGCGGUACCGAGAGAACCUCCCUCUAGUGCUGAAGAAAGUGUCCUUUACCAUCAAACCAAAGGAAAAAAUUGGCAUUGUGGGACGGACUGGCUCAGGGAAAUCCUCUCUUGGAAUGGCACUCUUUCGUCUGGUCGAACUGUCUGGAGGCUGCAUUAAAAUUGAUGGAGUGAAAAUAAAUGACAUUGGUUUAGCAGAUCUUCGCAGCAAACUCUCAAUAAUUCCUCAGGAGCCUGUGCUGUUCAGUGGUACUGUGAGGUCAAACUUGGAUCCUUUCAACCAGUACAGUGAGGAACAAAUCUGGGAUGCCUUGGAAAGGACUCACAUGAAGGAAUGCGUUGCCCAGCUGCACAUGAAACUUGAAUCAGAAGUGAUGGAAAAUGGGGAAAACUUUUCAGUUGGGGAGAGACAGUUACUGUGCAUAGCUAGAGCUCUGCUGCGUCGCUGCAAGAUUUUGAUCCUGGAUGAAGCUACAGCCGCCAUGGACACAGAGACUGAUUUACUGAUUCAGGAAACUAUCCGAGAGGCAUUUGCAGACUGUACUAUGCUAACAAUCGCUCACCGCCUGCACACCGUGCUGGGCUCCGAUCGCAUCAUGGUGCUAACACAAGGACAGGUCGUGGAAUUCGACACGCCAUCCGCCCUGCUGGCCAACGAGAACUCGCGCUUCUACGCUAUGUUUGCUGCCGCAGAGAACAAGGCUGGGAGUUCCCUCCGCUUCCCUGAUGCCAGCACUGGCUCUUGCCUGGUCCUGGACUGACCCAGUUCAGAAAGCUGACURGCAGAACAGUCACCCUCCAAAAACAGGAAUGCUGCACAAAGAAGGGGACAGGAAAAGCACAUCUGGAGGGGAGAAGUGGGGCUGCUCUGUCCAGUAGGUGCUAGCUCUAACACUGGCGUAGCCGUGAUGUGACACUGCUUGGGAUUCAGUGCGCCAAAUUGCUGCUUCCCAGUUGCACUCUCCCCAAAAAAGGGAACRUUUUUCUCCUGGUUCAGCAAGCCGAAAUGACUCAAGAUGAUGUCAAACAAGUGCUGGAGAUGGAGCAAGCAAAUGGUCCCCUGUGAGCAGCAUGGAUUAGAUCAACCAUUUCAUUAAGCCUCAGCCACAGCACUGUUGCUUUGGCUGUAAGGAGAUCGCUUGCCGGAGGAAAACGUUCUGUAUGGUGUGAUCUCUAAGCUCCUUCAGCAGUUCCCUCACAUAGAUGGUACAGAAGUAUCGUUUCUCAAAGGGUAGCAGUUAGUUAUUAUUGGCUUUUGUCCUGAGUCUUGGGAGUAAACGGAGACCUGGCCCAUGGCCCUGUGAUUGAGAUGGAAGGAAGAAACAUCACUAUUUCCAAUGAGACUGAAAUGUGUUUAUCUUUGAAGUAUUCUACAAGGGGGUGAUGGUGAUGGGAACUAUCAGGAUUUGGAUCCUGCUUUAGGAUUUAUAGCAUGGUGCCCUGGAGAAGAUUUUAUCCUGCAAGGUACAGAAUGAUACUAUAGGACUGGGCCAGGGCAUUUCUUUGAUGAGACCCUGCCCAAAAUAGCAUCAUUCUGAGUAUGUAGCAAAGGACAUGGCCCAAGACCCACAGAUGUGCAGYUUGAGAGGGAGCUCUGUGGUACUGCUCCUGCCCUUGGGAAUUYAGUUGCAUCAGUUUUACUUAUUCUGCCCAGCUACAGGGAGUGCAACUGAUCCAGUUUUGUUGCCAUAGGCUUAGAAAAUCUUUAUUUAAAAAGACUGUAUUCCUGCUURUCUAUUUGAUGAGUGGAAGCAUUGCACUUGCUUGGGACUUCAAUGCAAAUGCCAGUAGGAUUCUUCUAAAAUUACCUARUGUAGUUGAUUUUACUGAUCUAAAUGCACAGUGAGUCCAGAGUUGUUCCCUGAAGUUGUGCUAGUUGGAGCAUCUGAGGGACUUCACCUUUUCCUGUGGUGAAAAUCCACAGGGUGAGGUCCAAAGGGUCUGUAGCUCUGCACGUUAACUCCACAUGAAGCCCACAGGGAGAUUUGAGUGGUUUAGUACUUGGCUGGGAGCAGUAAUUGGGAAAAGUGCAGUUACUUCAGACAAUGAAUGAAAAGUGCAGUUACUUCAGACAACAUAACUGCAACCUAAGGAAGGGGAGGGAAGAAGAAAGGGAAAGACCUGGAUUUGUAACAGAAGGAUGUAGAAGAAAAGAUGGCAGAAUAAAAAAUUCUUAAUGAGUAGAAGGGGAUUGUGUGAGGAGACCACAUUACUUCUUGAAUGUGCUUUAAGARAGCAGCGUGAAGUAGCUCUGAUGCAGGGUAUGAUGCAGGGUAGUUACACAGCCAUUAUCGGCCGCGUCACCCUGAACGAAACUUCCUUGUACCAAGUGAUUUCUUUUA